CUAACGAUCCCGCUGGCAUCCCUCUUCCCGCGUCCGAGUUCGAUCCAGAUGGGCCUCACUUCCCUGGUGAUGGUCACGCAGCUGCACGACCCUCCCUUGGAGGCAACAAGCGACCGGCCCCGUCCGUUGUCUCGAAUGCCGGCACGAAGAAGAAGGACCUGCCUGACAUGCCUCUCCUUACUACGCGCACCAAGAUUGUGCCGUCGGUCGCCGACCCGAGAGAAAUUGUUGAGGGAGACCCAGGCAACGAUGACGAGAAGGACAAGGACCCCGUUAAGGGAAGCGACAAGAACACGAGAUUCUCGCACACCUUGCAUCCCUUCCACCGAUCCAACAAGGGUCAGUCUGAUGGCGACAACAGACCGCUCAGAGUUCUGGGCGACACGGCGACUGAACCCGAAGAGGAGGCCAAGACCAAGCCGGAGAAGGCCAAGACAAAGCCAGAGGAGAAGGUUGAAGGCGAUGUCGGCGCGAAGCCCGACCCGCCUACCAAGGCGCCAGAAACGCCGGGCCGCAAGGAGGACUCUGCCCAAGCACCCAAGCAGUCGGCGGUGGCCGAGGACCCGUUCUCUCCUACACCGUCGACCCAAGUGGGUCGGUCAGCCAUGAUGCCCCGCGAGGAUCCAGAGAUGGUGGAGGUGCCUGUGUACCAGCCUAUUACCCUGCCUGACGGCAGCACGGCCCUCAUUCCAAUGGGUACGGCCAAGGUGCCUUCGGCUCGGCCCACGCCGGCGCCGUCGAGCGGCUCAAGUUCGGCGCCUGGCAACUCGAAGGGCAAGGCCGCCGCGACAUCUCCCUCGGCUGAGAAGGACGACACUCCAGACAAGGCCGCUGGCGGCGCCGACAAGACCAAGAAGGCGCCUUCGGGCCUGGCACCUCUGCACGAUUUGCACAACAUUCCCACGGAGAAGUCGUCCGACAAGCCUGGCUCUUCCAAGGAUCAUGCAACGCCAGAAGAGAUUACCGAGGCCAACCUUCCCAAGGACCACGCUUCGUCGGCAAAGGAGCCCUCGGGUUCCUCCAAGCCUCCUGCAGGCGCGUCCAAGACACCCACAGAGGGCAGCAAGCCUGGUCCAGGAAAGUCGGACGACAGCGCUGCCAAACCAGCAGCUGGCAACUCGGCAGACGCCGCUUCAAAGCCUCCUCCGGUGCCCAAGCCCCCUAGAUCUCUUCCUUCGCUUCCUACGGAGCCGAGCGGUACGAAUACGGUGCCGCCAGAGCGCGAGAAGGAGCCGUGGGAGAUCGCUUCGCCGGCGGCGACUAUGCCUCCGGUCAAUGUCACACCGGCGCCGAGCGUGAACAAGAUCAAGCGCAAGCCUGUGGCGAAAGAAGAUGAUGGUGAACCUCAGACCCUGGGCGACAAGCCGACCGACGAGGCGUCGCCAGCGGACAAGACACCAGGCAGUGGUAGUGCGGGCGAGAAGAACUCCGCGUCAAAGGACAAGCCAUUGCCCCCCGCCUGUCCUUCAGGACCUGCUGGUGGCAAGCCAGAGAGCGACAAGCCCAAACCCCACAGAGAGCCGCCACCGCCUCCAGGAGCCACGCCACCUGCUGCCGAUCCACCCGGCCACGUCUACUGUCACUGCGAGCGCUGCUGUACCAACCCUCCUCGUGCGGGCUACCACGAUAUGGCUACUUCCGCCGCAGCGUCGCCUAAGCCUCAGCCUCCCAAGGAGUUGGUCUCGAAGGAUCUCUCGGCAAAGGAGGCUGGCGCCAAGGCGCCCGCGAAGGAGCCCGCCUCGAAGGCCUCUGAAGCGAAGGAUGCCGCGGGCAAGGAUGCGUCCGCCAAGGAUACUGCAGCCAAGGACCCAGCGCCUCCCAAGACACCAUCACCGCCCCCUCACGUCCCACUCAGUCACCAGACCGCUCCUGUCCACCCCGAUCACCCUUCAUUUUCGCCAGUGCCCUUCCCCGACAUCACUGGGCCGUACGGAAAUGUGCCCCUUCCCAAGCCAUCGCCGCCACCGGGUGAAGAUGCCUCGAAGAAGAAGAAGCCCGGCAAGGAGUCUAGCAAGGAGAAGGACCCGAAGGAGUCUGGCAAGGAAGCCGAGGCAGAAGCGUCGGCCGUUGAGGACACGGCGACGAACAAGCCCGGGUCCAAGGAGACCGCCGGGUCGAAGUUGUCGAAGGCUGGAAGCAAGAAGAGCAAUCAGCCUGAUGGCAGCAAGGAUAAGGCCGGAAAGGACAACAGCGACGAUGUUGCCUCCUCUGAGGAGACACUCGCCGGUCCAAGCAAGCUUGCCGCUCCAGGGAAGGGCAAGGCUGCUCAGACGGAGAAGGAUGACGAGAAACAGCUUGCUGCCGAUCGUCACAAGGAGGUGAUGGACAAGAUCACGAGUGUGGAGAAGUCUCUGGAAUCCGUCGUCAAGGACAACAAGGAGUGGCGCACCGAGAACGCGGAGGUGAACAAAAAGCUUCUAGAGCUUGGGGCGAAGCUCCUCAGCAAUGACGAAGAGCUCAAAAAGGCCAUCGAAGCUGAAUCCAAAAAGCCGGGUGUCCAGGCUGUGCUCGACGCGCUCAAGAGUACCAACGAAGCCCAGGCAUCGUACUUCCGCAAGCUCUGCACGGAUGUUAUGGACCAAAACUCGAGCCAGCACAAGCUCACGCAGGAUGCGGCCAAAUUGUGGGCACGGGAGCAGGUCACCUUCAACUUGUCCAACUACCUCGACAACUUCAGCCGGGUGCUGGCGGGCGAGACUCGACAGUUGGUCCGCGAGGUCCAAACCAUGGCGGAUUUGAAACGCGCACUUCUCCUCGAAAUGUCGGACCUCAUGCUCCAGAAGGCGCGCAUGUCGGGCAGCGAGGUCUUGGCCGUCAUUCCAUACCCCGCGGUGCCAGGAAAGGGGCCGGCGCCCCCCAAGAAGGACGAAAAGAAGGACGGCAAGCCCAAGGAAGACGGCAAGAAGCCACCAGGCAUACCUCCGUGGGCCGCCCAUAUCCCUCCCGGCGCGCCGAUGAUGGGCAUGCCGCCGCCUAUGGGCUUCGGCCGCCCACUGCCGCAGACGCCAAACAUGAUGUCGAUGGGCCCAUCACCCGGUAUGCCAUUCAUGCCCGGUGGAGGAGACAUGUUCGGCCACACCCAUGGCAACCCCUUCCCCAUGCAGAUGCCGGUGCCGUUCCCGACAGGAUCGCGACCCCUCCCUCAGCCCAAGGUGCCAAAGGACGGCGCCAAGCCCGCCGAGGGCGAGUGA